CAGCCAUGCACAAGGAAGUGCUGGGACACCAGCCAGCGUGGCCAGGCUGCAGCAGCUCCAGGUGCAGCAGAUCUUUGCUGAGAAGGACCACGAGCAGAGGCAACCAGAACUGCAGGGACCUCAGCCAGGACCUGGAGAUCCCCUUUGCAGGAGUCGCCAAAACUUCCUUCUGCCAAGCUGGUUGGAUUCUCUCUUGUGCCUCCUCUGGAAGCUCUGUGGUCUGCUAGGGGGGCACCAUGGAGGCAGCAGCUUUACCAGCUUCACACAGACUUAACCCAAACCCCUAAUAAGGGGUUUGGAGGAAAUCCAUCUUGGGGAAGAAAACUGCAGCACUUCACCAGCUUCGUUUGACAGGAUUUAAUCAAACCCUGGGAUCUGCAGACGUGCUCCUUGGGGAAGUGGAAAUCAGACAGAACAUCUCAGCAGGCUUCUCCAGAUUGUCACCUUCUCACACAACUGAGCUCUGCCAAAUUGUCCCCACUUCUCGACUGGCAGAGAGGGGACAUUACUCUCCCAUCAGAACAGGCUGGGCUGUGACCUCCCUGGUGAUGACCACCGAGGGACACGUUUCCUGAGCGUCAGUGUCCCUGCAGGAGCAGAGGGCGGCCCUCCAGGUCACACUCAACGAUGUCACUGUCUGUGCGCCCGCAGCGCAGAGUCCUCGUCACCAAGAUCAAUAGGAGCCAGUCCUUCGCCGGAGUGAACUCGUCGGCCGACCGGCCCUUCAGGAAUCUCUCACCUUUCACCCCCACUGUCUCCCGCAAGACUGGCUCCAGGGUCAGUAGGAUGUUCUCAAUGUCCCACAAAUCUCCACCACCCAAGGUGCCUCAGCCCAACCGCCUGGACGAGGUGUAUGAAGCUCUCAAGAAGGGCCUGACAGCCUACCUGGAGGUGCACCAGCUGGAGCUGGAGAAGCUCAGCACACAGAUCCGUGAGUCCAAGAGGAAUUCACGCCUGGGCUUUCUCUACGAUCUGGAUAAGCAAGUGAAGUCAAUCGAGCGCUUCCUGCGUCGCCUGGAGUUCCAUGCCAGCAAGAUAGAUGAGCUGUAUGAGGCUUACUGCAUCCAGAGGCGGCUCCGUGAUGGAGCCCACAACAUGGUCAAGGCUUACAGCACGGGCUCGCCAGGCAGCCGGGAGGCACGUGAGAGCCUGGCCGAGGCCAGCAAGGGCUACAAGGAGUACACAGAGAACAUGUGUCUGUUGGAGAAUGAGCUGGAGAGCCAGCUGGGCGAGUUCCACAUCCGGAUGAAAGGACUGGCAGGCUUUGCCCGGCUUUGUGCUGGUGACCAGUAUGAGAUCUUCAUGAAGUAUGGACGGCAGCGGUGGAAGCUGCGAGGGCGCAUUGAGGUGAACAGCAAGCAGGUGUGGGACAGCGAGGAAAUGGUUUUCUUGCCCCUCAUCACCGAGUUCCUCUCCAUCAAGGUGACCGAGUUAAAGAGCCUGGCCAACCACGUUGUGGUGGGCAAUGUGUCCUGCGAGACCAAGGACCUCUUUGCGGCUCUGCCCCAGGUAGUGGCUGUGGAUAUCAAUGACCUGGGCACCCUCAAACUCAGCCUGGAGGUGACCUGGAACCCCUUCGACAAGGACGACCAGCCUUCAGCAGCCAGCACCGUCAACAAGGCUUCCACAGUGAACAAGAGGUUUUCCACCUACAACCAGAGCCCACCUGACACGCCAUCCCUGCGGGAACAGGCAUUCUAUAACAUGCUGCGGCGCCAAGAGGAGCUGGAGAACGGCACAGCCUGGUCCAUCUCCUCUGAGUCCUCGGACGACUCCUCCAGCCCCCAGCUGUCCAGCAGCGCCCGCCAUGCCACACACAAGCCCAUCGUGCAGCCUGAAGUGCAGGCCUCCGCCCCUGCCAUCGAGAUCUCCUUCUCCCAGCAACCAGAGGAGGCUGACGCCGUGCCUGGGGCCAGUGGCAGCAGUGUCCCCCCUGCCGGGAGCCAGUCGGAGGAGCCAAGCAGCCGUAAGAAGGAGACAGUGGCCAAUGGACACGUGCCCUACUCCCGGACUCUGAGCCACAUCAGCGAGGCCAGUGUGGAUGCCACGAUGGAAGUCAAGACUGCAGAGAGCCCUUGGGAUCCUGCACCCAGCACGGAGGACAUGGGGAUGAGCGAGCAAGACGCGCACCCUCUCUCUGGUGCUGCUGUGGCAGCUGCUAUGGCAGGGCAGGACAGGGCCACUGAGGCCAAGCCUCGUGCCUCCGUGGCAUGGGCUACCUCCUGUGAGGAGGCGGCUGGCAGGGCUGAGCCAGUGCAGAGCCAGGCACCAGCACAGAGUGACUGUGGCACCGAGAUCCCCACAGCACUGGCACAAGCCUGUGCAGAAGAGAGGCCCAUCCCAACCCCACCACUGCCCACCAGUACCCCUGAGGUGCCACGGGGGAAGAUGGUGGAUUCAGGUCUGGAGGAGGCAAUUGGCCUCCUGGGCUCAGCUCUGGAUGACUAUCGGGGACAGUUCCCAGAGCUGCAGCCCCUCGAACGGGAGCUCAAACGUCUGGAGGAGAUGCUGCUGCAGAAGCAAGGUGUCUUCCUCAGCCGGGCCUCCAGCAUCAGCCUGACAGUGGAGCAUGCACUGGAGAGCUUCAGCUUCCUCAACACCUCCGACGUGGAGGACUCAGAGGGCUCUGAGGAGGAGCCUCUCCAAGAUGACAGGAGGGCUGGCAGACCUCUGCGCAGCACCAGGGCCCCCAGUGCUGGCGAGAUAGGGGCAGAUGACAUCGGAAUGUGCAGUGGUUCUGAGGCCAGCACUGACCCCAUGAGCACCGGCAGUGAGUUCCUGGAUAAGGCUCUGGUACUUCACCUCAACAACUGCAACCGCCUGCUGCUGAAGUUGGGCACCUUCGGUCCCCUGCGGUGUCAGGAGAUGUAUGCCCUGGACAGGCUGCUGCGGGAGUCACAGGUGCUGGAGAUCGUGUGCCAGCUGACGGAGGAGCGUGCAGGAGCAGCCAGCUCGGCUGCUGAUGUGGUGCAGUUCUCCACACGGAAGGAGGGUGUGCUGCCCCUUUGGGACCUCUGUGUGGAAGGGCCCAACGUCUACACCUGCCCUGUGGAGCGGUUCCUGCAGGUGCUCAGUGCCCAGUACGCAGCUCCCAUCAGCGAGCAGCACCCUGGUUUGGCUGAUGCUGUGUGUGUGAAACUGGUGGAGGAUGUGCUGAAUCGGCGGCUGCCCCGGCGGCCUGGCAGUGCCCAAAGUGAGCAGGUCACCAUCUUCCAGUACUGGAGCCACUUUGAGUCACUCGGUGCCCUGGUGCUUGACACCUACAUGAUGGAGCUGGCAGAGGAAGCACUGCUGGCACAGAACCUCAACUCAGAUGACCAGGACGUGGUGCUGCGUGCCCUGAAGCGCAUGCCUGAGGGCCGCCUGAAGAAGGAGGGGCUGAAGGCACUGAGCCUGCUCCUCGUGGAGGGCAACAGCAAGGUGGUGAGUGCUGUGUCAGCCCAGCUCCGCAGCCUGGCAGAAAACCCCCGCUUCCGCCAACGGGCCCUCGUGUGCUUCCUGGAGCAGCUGGAAGAUGAAGAGGUGCAGACACGUGUGGCAGGGUGCGCGGCGCUGGGCUGCUUGAAGGCCAAAGAGAGCAUUGAGCAGCUGGUUUACCUGUGCCAAACCGACAAAGAGCCUGUGCGGGAGGCAGCCAAGCAGAGCCUGAUGCUGUGUGGAGAAGAUGGUAAAUCAGCUCACCGGCGACUGGAGGAGACCCUGGAUAGCCUCCCGCGGAUCUUUGCACCAGCCAGCAUGGCCAGUACAGCUUUCUGAGACCCACGCACACCCACCUGCCAUCCUGAGGGCAAAGGCACUGCUGGGCCGCCUGGGCUUGCACGGACUGGGGACCCGGCAGCCCCAGCAGCUCCCGCUCUCGGCAGCACACCACAGUAUUACCCCGCCCGCCGGCAGCUCGCCACGGCCGCACACUGCCUUAUGGAGCACCGCUUCCCGGUCCCCGCCAGCGGCCCCACGGGUGCCACCUCCGCACCGCUGGGCAGGGGGCUCGCUGCACACCCCACCCUCUGAUCGCUAUUUAAAGUACCCAGGGAGCCCACCCUUCCUUCCCCCCUCGUCGGCUACAGCUGGCAGGACUGGGGUGGCGGGGAGAGGUACUGGAUUUCUCUGCCUCCUCUUGCCUUCCUCUUGCUCGAGGGCAUGCACCCUGUCCCGGAAGGACCUGCACUUUGGAAACCUCGCUGUUUCUUUCCAGGAGCUGCCAGGGCCAUGGGGACUGCUGCCCUCUGCUACCUGGAGUCCCCAGGACUUAAAUAAAAUGAAAUAUGAGAUAUUAAUAUAUUCUGCUGGCGUUUCUUCUUUCCAGCUCCACGUGCUCCUGUCCCUCCCUGGCUUGUGGCUGUAGGGAGUGUAGUGAGAUGUGGCCUCAGCCCAGAGCCUUUCCUGGCCGGUUGGGAAGUGCUGUGGAGGGCAGGGGCAGGAGGAGCGAUAGAGGGACGGACAGAUGGAUGGACAGAAGCUGCCACCUUUUUUUUUUUUUGUUUGUUUGAUUUGUUUUAUUUUUAUUUACAGAUUUUUUGCAGAAAAACAAAAGCAAAAAAUUCUUUUCUAUAAUGUCUCUAUAAAUCUAUAUAUAAUGUAAUUACAGAGAAUGACUAAUUUUGAUUUUCAAGCAGAAAUAAAAGCCUUUAAAGAGUG